AUGGCCGGCGAUGCAUACGCGUCGGGCAUCCACCCGAGCUUCGGAGAAGAUAAGAUCGACCCCCAGGCCCCCGCAAUGAACCCUAGCCCCGUUUUCCCCUCUCCCUCGCUGGUCCUCUUCUCCACAACGAUAGCAGUCGCAGCCGUUACCACGGCCUUGCCGUCCUCGCGGCGGUCGUCGUCCCCGCGUUGA